AUGAACUGGAAUAACAUUAUCCAGACAAUAGUCUUCCUUUCUCUUACUGGACCUGGAAUUGUGGGCAAUAUCCUAAUGUUUGUGAGACUUGUGUACAUUUCUGCCUCCCGGACUGAGAAAAAGCCUGUCAACCUUAUUCUCAUCCAUUUGGUAUUUACUAAUAUGAUCAUUAUCUAUAGCACAGGGAUCAGAGAUACAGCCACAGUGUUUUAUUUCAAAAACUUCCUAGGAGACAUUGGAUGUAAAGCUGUGGUUUAUUUGGCAAGGAUGGCACGCGGCCUUUCCAUCUGCUCGACUUGUCACCUCAGCGUGGUCCAGGCUGUCACCAUCGGUCUCAGGACAUCCAUUUGGCAAAAGCUCAAACCACAGACCUCAUGGCAAGUUCUUACCUAUGUCUUCUUCUUUUGGAUCCUUAAUAUUCUGACAAGUUCCAACUUGUUGUACUAUAUAACAGCAAGCAGUGGGAUGAACAGAUCAGAAGUUACUGGGUACAUUGGGUGUUGCUAUAUGCUGCCAUCCAGGCACAUAGUUAAAUGGAUUUUCCUCUUGCUCAUGGCUGUUCGUGAUCUCAUCUUCCAGAGUCUCAUGGCCUGGAGCAGUGGAUACAUUUCUUUUCACCUGUAUAAACAUCACAAGCGUAUCUUCUACCUUCAUAGCCGCAGGUUUAUGAAGAGUUUUAGUCCAGAGAUUAGAGCUGCACAGAGUGUUGUCAUUCUCAUGAGCUGUUUUCUUUUCUUUUAUUGGGGAGACUUCAUUUUCUCUUUUUAUACAGGUUCCAUGGUGACUCAUGAUUCCAUUAUACUAAAUAUUAAAACAUGUCUAGUACUUGGUUAUGCUGUUCUCAGUCCCUUUGUCCUGAUGAACAGAGAUGGCCCUGUUGCUAAAUCCUAG